AUGGGUGGUGAACGGAACCGUGGAAGCCAUGGAGGUAUGGGGCAGCCUUUUGGUGGAGGGAAGGCGAGCUGGAAGAAUACCAUCUGGGGUGACAAUCUAGACCAGCAUGCUGGUGAUAAGGCCUUUGAAGGCAAGGCCGGUUCUAGUUCUUUGUUGUCAUCGUCCGAAUCGGAUGGGUGGAACGGUCGCCCUAAUAUGCCUUGGAGUACCGUCAAUACAUCUUCAAAUGUUCUCUCCAGAGCGACAAAUAACAGUAUGACAACAUCGCCUAUCCAAACACGGGCGGGUGACAGAGGAACAGGUAGCCUUGCAGAGGCCGGUGACUCCUCGUACUUGACACUACCCCGAUCGGCGGCAAUCGGUGGCACUGCUGGAUCAACAAAUCACAAGGCCUAUCUCAACACCGGAUCGGAGGAGAGCCGGCGGCAUGCCAACUCUUCUGCCUUCGGCGGCAGCCCUGUUGGAUCUGGGUUCCCCAUGAAACCAGGGUUCUCUACCCCGCUCGAGAGUACCAGACCCGAUGAAAUGCCAUCUAUGUCUGCUUUGCCCCAGGGCUUGCCCGAGACUGUUGCGCCGACGCUUGGCCGCAACUCCUAUACGCAUGCGUCACACAACUCGGCAUCAUUCGCGCCUCAGAGACCGGUACACUCUUCAUACCCAUCGUUCCAUUCCGAGAGCCAGGGAUUCGAGGGUCGAUAUGCCGGCGGCCCUGCUGACAUCAAUUCUGGUCUAAGUAAACUCCACUUCAACGAAGGAAGUUACGCCGCGCAUCCUUCGAGUACCCGCCCCGGGUAUUUGUCGCACCCAUCUUUUGAUGGUUCUUUCCAGCGAUUGAAAUACCAGGGUGACGAGCCCGCCUAUCAAGGGGCUAGCUACGCAAGUGAAGGCGCGUCAGAUGUCCAACUCGGAUAUCAAGCGCCGAGAAACCGCGUGGGAGAUAAUCCGAUCUCGCCGACAGAAUAUGCCAGGGUGGACAGCCCACUGUAUGCUGCGCUUGAUAGUGGGUCUGUGCACGUCCCACAUUAUAACAGUGCGUCUGCUCGUUUAUCUGAUGCACAGGCUGCUGCUUUGGAGCGCCGCCUGCGAGAGCAGGAGUUGGCCCAACAAGCAAUCAACCCUCUCCAAAGACUGCCCUUUACCCCAUACGACCUUGCCCGCUAUCAAGGCUCAGGAAUGAAUGCUUUGUCGGGAUUCUAUCCGGUCGCCCAACUUGGCGCCGCCGCCCUGGCAAGUAGGGGCCACCGCGACCACGAUCCAUCCCAGACUGUGCGAAGUCCAGUCCUGGAGGAGUUUAGGGCGAAUAGUAAGGGCAAUAAACGUUAUGAGCUUAAGGACAUCUACAACCACGUCGUCGAAUUCAGUGGUGAUCAACAUGGAUCGCGUUUCAUCCAGCAGAAACUGGAGACGGCAAACAGUGACGAAAAGGAGCAGGUUUUCCGUGAGAUUCAGGGCGAUAGUCUGCAGCUGAUGACAGACGUCUUUGGAAAUUAUGUUGUACAGAAGCUCUUCGAGCAUGGCAACCAGACGCAGAAGAAGAUUUUGGCAAACCAAAUGAAAGGACAUAUUCUGGCUUUGUCUACUCAGAUGUAUGGAUGUCGCGUCGUGCAGAAGGCCCUGGAGCAUAUUCUCACGGACCAACAAGCUUCUAUGGUGAAGGAGCUUGAACACCACGUUUUGCGAUGUGUUAGGGACCAAAAUGGAAACCAUGUUAUCCAAAAGGCUAUUGAAAGAGUGCCGUCUGAGCAUGUACAAUUCGUCAUCAAUGCCUUCAUUGGUCAGGUCGAGAAGUUAGCUACUCAUCCAUAUGGCUGUCGUGUAAUCCAACGGAUGCUGGAACACUGCAAGGAAGAGGAUCGUGAGGCGAUUCUUGCUGAGCUCCACGUCUGCACCGCCAAGUUGAUUCCGGACCAAUUCGGUAACUACGUGAUUCAGCAUGUCAUUGAGAACGGCGAGGACAAGGAUCGAACCCGUAUGGUAACAAUUGUUAUGUCGAACUUGUUGACCUACUCGAAGCACAAGUUUGCAAGCAAUGUGGUGGAAAAGAGUAUCGAAUUCGGUCAAGAGUCUCAGCGUCACCAAAUUAUCAGCAUGUUGACGUCAACGGAUGAUAAUGGGGAGAACCCCCUACUUGGACUGAUUCGUGAUCAGUUUGGCAAUUAUGUCAUACAGAAGGUUUUGUGUCAGCUCAAGGGCGCAGAAAGAGACGCUCUUGUUGAGGAAAUCAAGCCUCUUCUCAGCCAGCUGAAGAAGUAUAGCUAUGGCAAACAAAUUGCGGCGAUUGAGAAACUAGUUGCGGACUCGAAUUCACCAACCAACGGCACUCUUCCUCAUACUACCUCUACCACACCGCCAAACUCGCACAAAUCCUCUCCCCAGCCAUCGAAGCGGGCUGUGAACGGCCUCGACGGCUGCCGAGCGCCAGUCGUGGGCGCGGCGCCCCCGACGCCGCCUCCAAUAGACCCUCAGAGCAACGGCGAUGGAUCCAGCGAUACCAAGACCGUGACUAAGAGCACCCCCCUCACAGCAGCUGAGUCGGCUGGCACGACCCCGACUACUUCUGUGGAAAUCAACGGUGCCAAUUAG